CCUGUAUAAAAAUGGUAUAUACUUCAAAGAAACGCAAUCAUUAAGUGAAGGCAAAAUGAUGAAAAAGUACAUUUUCUUCUUAAUUUGUAUAGUAAUGAGUGAAAGAAUGGUAGGUUUAGAAGGAGUACCAAUUUCUUCGCAAGAUGAACAACUUGAGGCAAAGGAAAUUGACGAAUCGGAGAUGAGAGAAAUGGCGAAUAAUGGAUAUUUUAUCAAUGAUACAAACUUUGGUAAUCAUGGAAGUGCGGUGAAAGAUGUAGCUGAUAAUCCACUAGGUCUACCAGUAGUUCCUACAAGAAUCGAAGACUAGUUUUGUACUGGCUACCUCUGAAUCUGUCAUCUUAACAUGUUCGCGAAGAUGUCCAUAUUCUAACUUUAAUCUGAAACAAUAUUUGUCUCACUAAUGAUGCUUAAAUUAUUUUAUGAUUACAACACGAAAUAAAAACUUUCAGCUGUUAUCACCUGAUCUCUUGGGGAAAAUUAUA